AUGGCCAGAGCAUCAUUUGAAUAUGAUGAAGUUGGAAAUACUUUUUAUUAUGUGUUGGUUUCCUUUUAUGCCUUAAUUCUUGUCCCUGUAACCUAUUUCCUGUUCCCCACUGGAAAGGAAGAAGAAACCAAAGUUGAUGAAAGAGAGUGCCAAUGUUAUGGUUGCGUAGAUAAAUUGAAGGUUAAAGAAGCUAAUAAGCCAUGGAGGAGAACAAAAAAAUUUUUGCGCAUUGGGUUUCUUGUUCUUGCGUGGUUGAUUUUCGCUCUUAUCGUUAAGAAAGUCUCAGAAAUUGAAGUUGUUAGUGAAGAAUACGACCCUUAUACUAUUCUUGGAUUAGAUCAGGGAGCUCCAACAGCCAAAGUUAAGAAGGCUUACCAUGAACUUUCCAAAAAAAUGCAUCCUGAUCGUGGUGGAGACUCUGUUAUGUUCGAUAAAAUCGCGAAGGCUUAUCAGGCUUUAACCGACAAUGAGUCGAAAGAAAACUGGGAGAAGUACGGAAACCCCGAUGGUCCUACAGCUACAACAUUCGGAAUUGCUCUUCCUAAAUGGCUUGUUAGUAAGGAGUACGGUGUUUGGGUACUCGCCUUCUACGGACUCAUUUUUAUGAUUAUACUACCUGUUGUCGUUGGUAUAUGGUGGUAUAACUCCAUCAAGUUUAACGCCGACAAAGUGUUAAUGGAUACAACUCAACUUUUCUAUUAUUUCCUUCACAAGACACCAAAGAUGGAAAUUAACCGUAUGAUCAUGGUUCUCUCUGGAUCGUUUGAAUUUUGGAGACAAUACAACAAGGAAAUCGUCGAAAGAGAAACCGAUGAUGUGGAGUUACCAAGAUUAAUGAGACAGUUACCUGCUCUGGGAGAGAAUAAGAAAGAAAGACCACUUUGCCUGGCAUAUGCUUUGAAAGCCAGAAUAUUGAUCCACUGUCAUCUUUCCCGUAUUCCCUUGGAUUCAGCUUUCUUGCAAGUUGAUCAACGAUAUGUCUUAGCUCGAGUCAUUCGUCUCAUCGAAGAAAUGAUUAGUAUGUCCCAACAAAUCACCUUCUACACACAGACAAAAAUCACUUUGGAAACUAUGGAAAAUCUGAUGAAGCUUCAGCCAAUGUUCGUUCAAGGACUUUGGCCUAAGAACAGUCCUCUUCUCCAACUCCCUCAUCUCACCGAGUUCAACUUGAAUCAUCUACGAAAGCAAAAAGUCUACCUAUGCAGCGAUCUAGCCGCUAUGGAAUCUGAAAAGAGACGGGCUGCUUUGAAGGUAUUGUCGGAUGCCCAGUAUAGAGAUGUUCUCGUUGUGUUGACAUCAAUGCCUCGUCUGUCCAUUGAUACAACUGUUGUUGUUGAAGGGGAAGAUGACUCUCAUGAAAUAACCGCUGGAUGUUAUGUCACGUUGCAAGUUAAAUUGACUCGUUCAAGUCUCUUGGAUCCUAGAGCUGCUAACUUAGAAGAUCAGAGAAUGAAAAAUGAGUUUGAAGAUGAUUCAGACAAGUCUGAUUCUGAAAACGAAGACAAGGUUAAUGACUUUGAAGAAAUUCCCGAGCCAGAAGAGAAGAAGAACAAGCGUAAGCCAUGGGAGAAAGUGAGACAUCAGAAAAAGAAGGGAACUUCCAAGAAGAAGAAGCAGCAAGCUAAGAAAGCUGCCUCUGCUUCUGCUGCUGGCACUUCUGAUCCAGCUAAGCCCGAAAAUGAUGAUGAGGAGCGGGAAAAUAUAGAUGAGGAAGAAUCUGUUACUUGUUCGGAUGAAGAAAGUAGUAGAGGCGAUGGAAGUGAUGUUGAAGAGGCCGACUGGGAGCCUGCUAACAAGAAGAAUGUGUUUGAAACAAAAUCUCACAAGACUCAUACAGUGCAUUGUCCAUAUUAUCCAGGAGAAAAAUAUGAGUGGUGGUGGGUUACUUUAUCGAUGGUCGAUAAAAAAUAUGGAAGACGUUUGGCUUCCCAAAUUGUAUCAUGCAAAACAUUGAUAGACGAACAAACGGUCGAAUUGAAAUUCUUAGCACCUGAUCACAAAGGAUUUUACAAUUAUCAAUUAGCUGUUAGGUCAGAUUCUUAUAUGGAUGGAGAUUAUUGUAAAGAUUUAAAGAUGGAGGUGAAGGAGGCUAAAGAAAUAGUUUUACCCAAGUAUGAAGACACUGAAGAUGAAGAGGAAGUUCAAGCUGACAGCAGUGACGAAGAGUAUACUGAGGGUGAUGAUUCCGAGGAAGAUUAA